GGUUGGCGACAAUGGGUAACGAGACAAAAGAUGAUAUGGUUGCCGGUUUUUGUUUGACAAUUGUAAAUAUGUUUUAAGAAUUUAUUUAUGAAUUUGGGUGUAUUUCUAAUAACUUUACAACUAAAUACAAAACAUUUGUAUUUAAGCACUUAGAAUUGAAUAUAUUAAAGAUAAAGGAGCACAAUAAACAUGAUUUCGAUAGGGCCUAAAAUGGAUGGAGGUCCAAGCACCAAAUAUUUUGAAUCAACAGAAACUUUAAAUGCCUUAGAAGGCACUAAAAAUUGGCUUCAAAAAAAUGCUAAAAAGUACAUAAAUAACGACCCAAUAACCAACAAGUCAAUUUCACAAACAGUUGUACAGCUUUUGCAGUUUCAAGAAGACUUUUUAGGGAAAAAAACGCAAAAGCCUCCUAUGACUCGAUUACCUAUGAAAUAUUUUCUCGAUUUCAAACCUGGUGGAGGUUUAUGCCACUUGUUAGCUGCAGCUUAUAAGUUUAAAAUGGACCAUGGCUGGAGGAAGUUUGAAAUUCCAUCUGGAAAGAAUAUAUCAAAGCUUGAUAAAGUUUUUGAGAUGUUUCAAUCUAUGGAAAAAGCGUUGAUACAGAACAAAUUGUACAGUGUUCCUUUAAUUUAUAUAAAUCCAAAUAUUGACAAGGCAGUUGCUCAGAAAGUUAAAGAUAUUGUAAGAAAACGUAAUGGUCAAGUUUUGGAAACAGAAGAAAAUGCAACACAUAUACUGUACAAUACGGCCGAUGCUCCUGUUGAAGAAUAUGGAAGACCCGUUAUAAAACGUGACAAAAUGGUCUUGAUGCACUGGUAUUAUUUUCCAGAUUCGUUUGACACCUGGGUGAAUUUAGAAACAGUAGGCUUAGAUGGCAUGCCAGUAGACAGUCCUAGUCCUCAUUCUGGACCAUGGCGGGUAACCUACACUUGGGUCUUUGAUACUGAUCAGUAUAAUGAGUGGAUGUCAGAAGAAGACUAUGAGGUAGAUGAGUUAGGAAGGAAAAAAAUACAUCCUCGGCUAAUGUCAGUAGAAGACUUGAUGAAUCCAUCUGAAGAUCGUAAUAAGAAAAAGCGCGAGAGUAAAAGAAAAAGGUCUCCGUCCCCUCCCUCAAAAUUAGGCAAAAGAAAAAGUGGAAGAAGUCCUGCUGUAGGCAAAAAGAGUAGCAAAGAUGAUGAGGAAGAUUUAACCAAGGACAUGGAAGAUCCUGUUCCAGAACCUAACAUUGUGGAAGUCAUUCCUUCUCCCAAUGGCCAGCCAGUCACAAAGAAAGAUCAUGAAUUACAACCCCUCAAAGGGGGAUCUAUUGCAGAGCUUGAGGAGGGAGAAGACAAGGGAGAGGAGAACUCUCAGACAGGUAAAACCAGUGAGAGCAAUAUCCAGGAUGAUGGACAGGAGGAUAAUGUAACAGAACAAACUCAUCAUAUAGUAAUUCCUUCUUAUUCAGCCUGGUUUGAUUACAACUCAAUCCAUGAAAUUGAGAAAAGAGCUAUGCUGGAAUUUUUUAAUGGCAGAAAUAAGUCAAAAACGCCUGAAAUAUAUCUUGCCUACAGAAAUUUUAUGGUUGACACCUAUAGAUUAAAUCCAACUGAGUAUAUAACUAGCACAGCUUGCAGAAGAAAUUUAGCUGGAGAUGUCUGCGCUAUAAUGAGGGUUCAUGCAUUUCUAGAGCAAUGGGGUCUUAUAAAUUAUCAAGUUGAUACAGAUUCGAGGCCUACUACAAUGGGACCACCGCCGACUUCUCAUUUUCACAUCCUUUCUGAUACUCCAUCGGGCUUGCAGCCUGUCAACCCACCUAAAACACCACAGCCCAGCGCAGCUAAAACUUUACUCGACCUGGAAAAGCCUCACGAAAUAAGAAAACACGAAGGUCCAGAACCAUUGGCCAGUUUUGGCUUAAAAUUGGAUCAGUAUUCCAAGAAACCAGCUGUCCUCAGGAAUAAAAAUGCUGCCUCGCUGACCCGUGAUUGGACAGAGCAAGAAACGCUUCUUUUGCUUGAAGGUCUGGAGAUGUAUAAAGACGAUUGGAACAAGGUUUGUGAACAUGUGGGUUCCAGAACACAGGAUGAAUGUAUCUUACAUUUUCUGAGGUUGCCAAUAGAGGAUCCAUAUUUAGAAGACCCAGAGGCAGGAGGUGCUCUCGGCCCAUUGGCUUAUCAACCCAUUCCAUUUAGUAAGGCUGGAAAUCCCAUCAUGUCAACUGUAGCCUUCUUAGCUUCUAUUGUUGAUCCACGGGUAGCAGCCGCUGCAGCCAAGUCCGCUAUGAAUGAAUUUGCCAGUAUUAAAGACGAAGUGCCUGCGGCUGUAAUGGAUGCCCACUUAAAAAAUGUAGAGGCCUCAUCUGCAGAAGGGAAAUAUGACCCAUCAGCAAAUUUAGCUCUAACAGGAAUAGCUGGUACCGCCCCUGAAAAGGAGGACGAUGACCGCUUGAAGAGAGAAGACAAAGACGGUGACAAGUCCGCGGAAGAACAGCAGAAACCUGGAGAAGGCCAAGAUGAGAGAGGCGAAAAGCUUAAGGCUGAAGCUGACGGUGAAAAAGAUGAGAAAAUGGAUACUGGGGAUGUUAAGACGGAGAAAGUGGUGAAAGACAGCGAAAUGCAAAGCGCAGCAGCGGCGGCACUUGCAGCCGCAGCCGUCAAGGCCAAACACUUGGCCGCGGUGGAGGAAAGGAAAAUCAAAUCUCUGGUAGCUCUGUUAGUCGAGACUCAAAUGAAAAAAUUGGAAAUCAAAUUGCGCCACUUCGAGGAACUAGAAACGACGAUGGAGCGAGAGAGGGAAGGUCUCGAAUACCAACGGCAACAGUUGAUCACGGAGAGGCAACAGUUUCACUUAGAGCAGCUCAAAGCUGCGGAAUUCAGGGCCAGACAGCAAGCCCAUCAAAGAUUACAGGCAGAGCAAGGCCAGUGGCCAGGCCAACAGGUGCCCUCGUCGGGACAAAGUGAUGGCUCAAAUUCGAGCGAUACCGGUGCCAGUACCACGCCCACACCUCCAUCGCCUCAAGCGUCGGCAGUAAAUUCCCCUCAGGCCGCACCCCAUCACCAUAUUGAGUAAUUUAUUUAUUGAUUGCAAUAGUGAUGGGCGUGACAUCAAGUGAUAACAGAAACAAGUCUGAAACGCUGUUAGGUCAUGUCUAUCAUAAGUAAUAAAAUAUCAAGAGACUUUACUAUCAGCGCUGUAUAACAAUAUUAAGGUUGUACCUGUAUAAAAGGGACUUCACGAAUGCGACAGGAACGGAGAUUUUCUUGAUCAAAUAAAUUACCCAAGGUAGUUUAAAAUCUCGCUGAUACUUUAGUCUCGCGGACACAUUAUAUACUAUUAUUUUUUAUUGGUAUUUUCUAUUUACCCUUUAUAUCAGCUGUAAGUUUUAUUUAGAAAUAUUUUCAAGAAAAAAAUUAUACUUCAUGUAAAGAUAUAUGUAGCUCUGAAUUAAAUACUUUUUACCUAUGAAAUAAAUAAUACAUAUUUUACCAACAC